GGGAGGAGGGUGUGUUUCGCCAGACUCAUACCAGCAGACAACUCAAGUUUGAAGCUCCUUCCCCAACUUUUAUCCGCUCCUUACUUACUCACUCCGCCUCCUACGUCCUUUAUUUGGCCACCCGUUCCAAUUCGUCACUUGGCGUUAUGUUCUAGGGCUAGGCUAGGUCAGGGUGAGAGGGACACCCGGAGGUCUGACAGCCAGAGAAAGGAACUGAGAAGAGUUCUUCUGGGUUCUCUCAGACUGCUCCGCUUUUAUUGGAAUAUAAUUUUUUUGGGGGGGACCAGGGUGUGUUUUUUCUUUCCUCACAAUGGGAGACGUCAUAUCGAGCCACUUGGAUGAGGGCAAGCGGGAGAUCAUCACAGCCCGAACAGGGGAGGUGAUGGGCCAGUUCGACGCUCUCUAUGAACAGCAGUACAGCGUGGCGCUCUUCAACAAGGUGCGCUUCGACGUCGAGGGAGGGGGCGGACCUCAGCCUCAGCUGCUCCACCGCAAGGUUCCUCUGGAGAACCGGUGUAUCUUCUCCGGGGCGUUGUUCCAGUACCUGGAGGAGAACAGGAAGUGGAGGAACCGUUUCCUCUUCAUCCCAGACUCCUACAGCAUCAACUACUAUGACAGCAAGGCGUCCCAUGACCGAGGCCUGCAGCCCAAGGGGACCCUGAGCUGUGCGGGAUACAAAGUGCUGACCUCCAUGGAGCAGUACCUGGAGCUGGUGGCCAACAGCCUACCAGGUGAGACCCUUGGGAGGGUGGGACGCGCUCCCUUCCUGAAGGUGGCGACCCAGUUCCCCCUGAUCAUCUUAGGAAGUCCAUACGGACGGCACCUCUACUUCUGCAUGUAUUUUGAAAAAAAAAAAAAAAAGUUUCACUUAAAGGUGUGACUUUGUGUUUCCUUUCUCUCGGCAGGUUUGUCAGAGGAGAGCAGGGUUCAGACCCCAGCCUUCACAGACUCUGUGCGUCUCUUCCGGCAGGCCAAGGGCCAGUACGGUACCUGGGACAUGAUGUGUGGCGGGCACCCGCAGAUCCUGUCCAACCUGGUGAUGGAGAUCCUCCUCCCAGAGAUCAGGGACCUCAUCUCCCCGCGCCUCAAAGGGAAGAUGCACGAGAGGCAGCGCAACUGGAUGUUGAUCAGUGACGCGGUGUACAGCCUGGUGCAGCGGCAGUGUGAGGCGCAGUUCCGUGCGCUGGAGCAGCGGUGCGAGGCGGGGCGCCCCCUGUUGGAGGCCUCCAUCCGCACAGACAUGGACCAGAUCAUCACCUCAAAGGAGCACGUCACCAACAAGAUCAGAGGCGUGGUGCUGUCCAAGGCGGACAAGCUGCUGAAGGUGAGCAUCCAGCCCUACAUCAGCUCCAUCCUGGAGGCGCUGAUGGAACCUACCAGCAGAGGCUUCUCGGAGGUCCGGGACGUCUUCUUCCGGGAGCUGGUGGACAUGAGCAAGAACGCCGUCAAUGAGGGCACCAAGGAGACGGUGGCAGAGCACAUGGACAAGAUCUCCAUGCUGGCGUUCCACCCGGUGAAGAUGCAGAGCUGCUACGAGAAGGUGGAGCGGCUCAGUCUGGACGGCCUGCAGCAGCGCUUUGACGUCUCCAGCCCCUCCGUGUUCGUCCAGAGAGCCCAGAUCCUCAUGAGAGAGGUGAGGAGGUCCGGGAUCAACACGAGGGCUUUUUUCAAUGGGUGACAUUUCACUUUGGAGCAGCCAAAUAUCCAAUGCUAUUAAUCAUUAGGUGAACAUCGCCCACUCUGGUGAGCUACUGCAAUUACACAAUGUGGUCACCUUGUUAACUACCUGGGGAUCAUUUCUGUUACUGUGGACCGGUUUGGUGGUGUUUGGGGGUGAUUUUAACAUGUUCAGACACAGAGAAAAAAAAAAAAGAUAGAACUACAAGCACAGGUGUGUCUCUUUAAAACAGUGUCAUUGUGGCUUCCUUUUCAGACUUUAUCCAUCUACAUUUUUUUUUUUAAAUUUAAAACUUUUUUUGGCAAAUUGUAUCAAAGGAAACUUGACUUGCAUGUUUGGAACUCAUCCAAGCUUUUCUGUGUCAAUCUUUAGGCUUCCUAAAAGAAAGGCUUUCUCCCUAAAGUGCUACUUUGCAUAAUUGUCUGCUAAGUGCCUGACAUUAGUUCUGAGUCGGACAGCGAAAAGCUUUAAUGUGUUGCUAAA